GUCCUAGAGUACUACAGUGGUCUUGAUCUCCUCGACACAUUCACCCCAACGGUCUUGCAAGACCCCUCCUUCGAGGGUACGACUGUUUCUACUCUUCGCAGCCACUUCGACCAGUGGGCAAAGACUGCGAGGAAAGAGAAACAGGGCGAUCAGGACGCUAUGGAGUCGGUUCUGAAUGCCCCUGUGGAUCAAGAUGAGACGGGGUUUAUUCGCAUGGUGUAUGCUGAAUGGGGACCGGAGGAGCUUGAUGAAGAGGAUAUUGCGAAUGGUGAUGUGGAUGUGGAGGAGCCCCUUGAGGGGUGCACUGGGUAUAAUGUGGGUUGGAUGAAAUUGUAUUGA